AUGUCCGACUUUGUGCCGGUGGAGGACGAAACGAGCCCUUCCGGGGCAUCGGACCACUUUCAGGCCAUCGUUAGGGAGGGCUGCAGUCGUCAGCAGACAGCCGACGAAGAAACGGAAAGCGCAGAAAGUGACCUUUUCUCGUUGCUCGAUUACGCGGAAGUGCCUGCCGUUUUGUCCCGCGCUAGGCCCAUGCAAAGCACUUACACACUCGCGAGCAAACAUUAUGCACUCCUUACCAAACGGCUCGGCAGUGGGAAGUCGUUGUACGAUACGACGUGCAUUGCAAAAGAGGCAAAGGCUCCAGCACAUCAUAGAGCGGACCCACUAAGCAGAAGUGCGAAUGGACAUGCGAGAGCAGGUCGAACAGUAGCCAGAAAAUGUGGCAGGUGCGAGUGGCAGCUCUGUUUCUCCAGCAUGCGUUCCAUGAGAGGAAAGAAGGCGAGGCAGAACGAAUGGAAAGUGCGUUCCGAAAUCUGGCCGGCCUCGUUCCGGGGGAGAUCGGGCGCGGGAGCGACAUCGCAGACAUGA